AUGGUUGAUAGUUGCCUCGGUCCAAAUUCCGUGUACGUGAAAUUGAUCUCGAACGACGGUAGAAUAUUCAUUGUGAAACUCGAGUACGCCUUGAUAUCUGCUACUAUAAAGGCUAUGUUGCAAGGCCCUGGAAAAUUCUCUGAAACCGAGUGUAACGAAAUCAAUUUUAAGAAUAUUCCCUCCCACAUCCUGUAUCAUAUCUGCUUGUAUUUCAUCUACAAAUAUUGUUACGAUAACUGUACAGUCUCUAGUUCGUUUGAUGUACCACCGUUCAAUACAAACCCAAACAUGGCUGUGGCUCUAAUGAUGGCAGCAAACUUUUUGGAUUGCUAA